AUGGAAAUUAAUAGUGAUUUCAGACUCUCUUGGAAAUCAAGGGUUUGGAAUAUGAGAAGACUGGCCAUUGACGCAGAUGUGGAAAUCCCAGCUUCAUGGGAAAGAAAGCAUUUUAGAAGAGAGAAGAGACCAUCAAGAGACUCUGAAGACCAUGAUGAGCAGGUCUAUGAACAAGGGAUCACAUUUCCCUGUUCCAUAUGCAAGGACGAAAUUGACCUACCUGGAAUCUUCUCCCAUAAAAAGCAACAUGUAGCUCUGGCCACAUUGGGUUUUCAAUGGAUGGGUGGAAAGAAACCAGAGCCCUCAGUAAUUGCUAUUCAGAGACAGUUUAUAAUUACUAAACUACUGUCAUCUUUUAUGUUCAGUGAAAAAUUCCUACAGAGUAUUAAUAAUGCUUUUGAGGUACUUUGGAAGAAACAAAUACCAGCAUACUAUAAGAUUAUUGACAACAUUCAUAGGAGUUUCAUAUAUUCUCAAAAAAUCUGCCAUCUAUUAAUUAAAGGAGUAGCCAUUUGUGAAGACAGGAAUUCUACAUGGAAAGUUGACAUGAAUGAUAAAUUCACUGUAGUGAAUAAUUUUGGCAAUAAACCCAAUGUGUGUUUUUUUGGUUUGUUUGAUGGGCAUCAUGGUGCUUCAGCGGCAGACUUGUCUUCAAUGGAACUCCCAGUUUUACUUCUCCAACAACUUUCCAGACUUGAUCCUUCCUACCAAAUGACCCCUGAAGAGCAAAAAGUAAUCGAUUCCUUUCACACAGUGUUUACGGAAGAAUACACAGCUCUAGAAGACCUUUUCUCCACCGUAAAGAAAUGGGGAAAAGCAUUGGGGUCUGAGUAUGAGAACAUACACAAAGCCUUUGCAAAAGCAUUUUGGAGAAUGGAUAGGCUUUUACGUCUUGGAAGGAAAGAAGUGUCCAGGGUUCGAUGGAGUGGCUGCUCUGCAGUUACUUGUAUAUUGGAAGGUAACACUGAAAGUCCCAACUCCAGGAAGACUUGGAGAAGAAUCAAUGACCAUUACAGUUUGGCAGAGAGGGUCUCUUCCCAGACGAUGCCACGAAUAAUUUCUGGAGUACUACACAUUGCAAACACUGGUAGUGUGCAAGCAGUCUUAUGCAGAAAUGGGAAAGGCUUUUGCCUAACUAAAGAACACACUACGCGAAACAUAAAGGAAAGAAGAAGAGUGCUUGAGAAUGGAGCAAUAAUUAGUCCAAAUGAACCAUACGGGCUCCUAGAAGGGCAAAUAAAAACUACACGAGGACUUGGAUUUCAUGGAAAUCUCAAACUGAAAAAAUUCAUUAUUCCAGCUCCUCAAACUAUUUCUGUCCCUAUAGAUGACUUAUGUCAAUUCCUUAUCUUGGCUACUAACGGACUCUGGGAAGUUCUGGAUAAAAAGGAAGUCACUGCACUAGCAAUGACAAUGUUUCAAGUGUAUAAAGAAACAUACUGUUCUAUCACACAAAACAAAUCUUCACCAUCCAAAGGGCUUCUGUUUUACCCAAUCAAUGAACCAAGCAUUACUAAAUCAGAAAGCAAUAUCCACAUAUUGUUUCAGUAUAAAUCCGAAUCUAAAGAAUGUGUGUCAAAUACAAAUUCAAAAGAAAAUCUGUCUGAUUCAAAAUAUUCUAAAUGUUUCACUUGUAACCCUAAAAAUGAACAAACAUUUCCACCAGAAAUGACUCAUCGUGAUCCUUGCAGUGACAAAGAAACUGAUGGACGAACCAAUGUAGAUGGUGUGCCAAAAGAUUCAAGUGAAAAAGAAAAAGAAUCAUGCACCAAGGGUUUCUAUGAAGGUGCAGCUGAGUAUAUUAGCCAUGAACUUGUAAAUGCUGCUUUAGCAGCUGGCUCCAGAGACAACAUUACAGUUAUGGUAAUACUUCUCAAUGGAAGUGAGUAUCAUACUGAUUUUAAGGAAAAAAGGAAGCUUCCUUAUUACUACUACAUCUAUAUCAUCUAUAAUCAACAACUGUGGAAUAGCAAUCAUCAUCAGUUUAAAGUCCCUUAA